AUGCUGUAUGCGAACCGAGGAGGAGGUUACCAUGGGGGCGCCAGCCGAUAUCGGGCUCCCAACUGGGGGCGUCAUCGUGAUAACGGGGGCAAUUCAAAAUAUGGUUCCCCAUAUCAUAAUGGCGACCAUCGCGAUCACUACCCCAAACCCCUUAGUCGUGAGUUAACUCCACGACGAGAAUCGCUGCUUCCUCAGCUCCAUGAAGGUACUAAGCUAGAUGCGGGAGAAUGCUCCAAUGACGAUCAGUAUCAACGACAAAGUCAUCAUCAAGCAGUGCUUCGAGAUGCAGCAGCGUAUGCGAAGCCAUCCAAAGUCUAUCGCAUUAUCUAUGACCCAGAACUAGAUCUGCUGCUUUCUAAGCAAGAUAAGAAACUCAAGAAACGUGAAUUCAAGUUUUCAAGUUCUCAGCUGCCUCAAGACCCUCGGAAAGCCAACAUCGUCAAUUACUUUCAGAAGCCUAACAAAAAACUGAAAAAGUUUCCCUUCAAACAACUUCCACAAGCCAAAUAUGGUUAUUCGAAAGAAUCGAUUGGCCCUGCUCCUCAAACUCGUCUUGUGGUGUGGGAUUUGCCAAUAAGCAUCACUGAAGGUUAUUUCAAAAAUUAUUUUCAAAGCUAUGGUCAAACGAAGAAUGUCAUACUACAUCAUGACGAAGAAUUUGCCGUUCCUCUAGGGGUGGCUCUGUUUGAAUUUGAAGGACAGCCUGAAAAAAGCCUGAAGAUAGCCAGAAAAUUCCUAUCAGAUAUGAAGCAGCAAGCGCUCAAAAUUGAUGGUGCAGACCUCCAUAUUGGUCUUGAUGAUGACGAAGAUCGUCUUCUCCAUAUGAAAAUUGAUCGAGCAAAGGAUACUUUGCGAGCUGAAAAGCGGAAACGAGACGAGGAGGAGCGCAAGCAGAGGAAGUUUGAGGAACUUAAGCGACGCAAUGAGGAAAAACGCAAACACGAGGAAAUGAAAAAACAGCAAGCUGAAAUGUUGCGACAAGAUGUCCGAUCUUUGACUAAUGUGACAAUUGCAUCCAAGUAUCAUGGAAGUCGUGUAAAGCAUGGUUACCAAUAUCCGCAUGAACUUAAUCGUCACAUAAAAAACCGCCCAUUCAUUUUGAUAAAGUCGCGCUACGUUCCCCCAAAGGUGAUUCCGGCUCUGGAUGUUAAGCGAUGUCUUGAACAAUAUCGGUGGCUGCGUAUAAUUGAUGAUCGUCUGGGAUUUUAUGUUGUCUUCAAGAGUGUCAAAGAGGCCGAUCGCUGCUUCAAACGAGAAGAUUGUCGUAAUUUCUAUGAGUACACCAUGGUGAUGGAUCUCGCGAUACCUCCAAAUUGGGAAGAACCGAUAGAGACUCGGUCAAAAGAUCUGGUUGUGGAAGAAGCCGUUACAAUGUUGCUCAAAGAUUUUCAACAAUUUUUGGCCAAGGAUAUUCGUGAGCGUGUCAUUGCACCGACUGUAUUGGAUCUACUCAAUCAUGAUCAUUAUCCUGAUACAGUAGCGAAACUCAAAAAAGAAGAGGAGCAGCGUAAAGCAAAAGAAGCAGCCAAGGUUGUGAUCAAUACGAAUGAUCAGCUCAAGCAGAAUGCUUUACAGAUCUUGAGGUCCAAGCAAGAGGAAGCAACGAAAAGAGCACAGCAAAAGCUGAGAACGAAGGUGAUACCGUUGCAACAUGCCCUCAACUAUGAAAGUGACAUCGCAAGUGGCGAUGAGGUAGAUAGCGAGAACGAACCAACGAAACGUCGUCUUAGUAUAGAUGACUUCGUGGUUGAUGAGAUUGAAGAGAAGUCUCAUAAGCGAUCAAAGAAGAGUUUAUUGUAUGGACUGGAAGACGAGCUGGAGCCGGAACCCGAAAUACAGGUUGAUGUUGAAGAGCCUAAGACUGAAGCCAUUGAAGAUUACAAGCACCUUCCCGAACGUUUCUGGCCUACUGAAGGAUUUCCAACUACAGUUUUUGAGGAAACAGCAGUUGCCACACUUCCAGGUGAACGAUUCAGCUUAUCAAAUUUGCAGCUGGUGCUUAAGGAUGAUGAAGAUUUGGCGCUUGCACGUGAAGUUCUUGCAGACAUCGCGGAUUCUCUGAAUAUCAAGAAUAUCGAAUAUUGGGCAUGGAAGCAACACGAAGAAUAUUCUCCGCUGCACGAGAUUUCCGAAGAUCUCGAUUUGAUUGAGCAAUUGGAUCUGCUGCUCGAAAAUUGGCUGGGUCUGUUCAGGCUGGAAGGCUAUCGCAAGAUCAAGGAGGCUGACAAAAUAGCAUACUUGCCUCAUAAAAGGCAGGCUUUCGCAAAAGCUCGCAAUAUCAAGCAAGAAGAGGAGGACGAUGAGGGUACCCCGAGACCUGUUGGGGGGUUAGGCCUGUCCACCAAUGUGUCUUCUCGCGUCAAUCGCGCAAACAAUCGUCGAUUCGCUGCGGAGGUCAAUGCUCAACUUGGAUCAGAGACAGAAGUACUUUCACUAAAUGCACUCACGAAGCGCAAGAAGCCGGUCACAUUUGCCAGAUCAACAAUUCAUAAUUGGGGCUUAUACGCAUUAGAGCCUAUUGCAGCAAAAGAGAUGAUUAUUGAAUAUGUCGGUGAACUGAUUCGUCAAGCAGUUGCCGAGGUCAGGGAACGAGCAUACAUGAAAACCGGCAUAGGCUCUUCGUACCUUUUCCGGAUUGACGAGAAUACCGUCAUUGAUGCCACAAAGAAAGGCGGCAUUGCCCGUUUCAUAAAUCAUUGUUGCUCUCCCAGUUGUACCGCUAAGAUUAUCAAAGUCGAGGGGAAGAAACGCAUUGUCAUUUAUGCAUUGAGGGAUAUCGAAGCUAAUGAAGAGCUUACGUAUGAUUAUAAGUUCGAGAGGGAGACCAAUGACGAAGAGCGUAUUCGCUGUUUAUGUGGGGCUCCAGGAUGCAAGGGUUACCUAAACUAA